AAAAUGACCGACCAAAAUUUAAGCAAAACAAUUGAAUCCCUAAAAAUAAGUGAAGACGAUACUGUUUCAUCACCAACCAACUAUGAAAUGAUUAAAGCCGAAAAGACUGGCGAAAACAAACGUGUUGGCUUGAUUACUUUAAAUAGACCUAAAGCGCUCAAUGCCUUGUGUAAUCAAUUAAUGGAUGAGCUAGCCGAUUCGCUUCAAAAAAUGGAUAAGGACCAAUCUCUUGGGGCUAUUAUUGUUACUGGAAGUGAGAAGGCUUUUGCUGCUGGGGCUGAUAUUAAAGAAAUGGCUCCCAAAGAAUUUGCUCACGUUUUUGGUACCGGUUUUCUUGAAAAUUGGUCUCAGGUUUCUAAAUUGCGAAAGCCUGUAAUUGCUGCUUUGGCAAUGAUGUGCGAUAUAAUUUAUGCUGGAGAAAAAGCAAUGUUUGGACAACCCGAAAUUAAAAUUGGGACUAUACCAGGUGCUGGCGGAACUCAACGAUUGACCAGAAUUGUUGGCAAGUCGUUGGCAAUGAAAAUGUGUUUGACUGGUGAUCCUAUUGACGCUAAAACUGCAUUACAAGCUGGAUUGGUUGCUGGGGUAUUCCCUCCCGAUCAACUGGUUGCUGAAACAAUUAAAUUAGCUGACAAAAUUGCUUCUCAUUCUCAACUUUUGGUUGGUAUGGCUAAACAAGCUGUCAAUCGCGCUUAUGAGUCUACUUUAGAAGAAGGAUUACUUUUUGAACGUCGAAUGUUUCAUACUACUUUUGCAACUAAUGACCGAAAAGAAGGGAUGACUGCAUUUAUGGAUAAACGUCAACCAAAAUGGCAACAUUCUUAA